CAAAGCAGAUCAGGCACAAUGGCCACUAAACAAGCUGUAACGAGUCUCACGGAGACACUACCUGUCAGACUACGCAAUUUUUUUGCCCGCUAUCCUCCCCAAUUCUACUCAGCUGCUGCGAUCCCAAAACCCACGCCGCCCGCUGAUGCAACUAUUCCCGGUGCCGCUCCAAGCCCUUACACUCCGUCUCGGGACUCCAAGCCCUCCAAGAUAGCUGAAUUGUCCAAAAACUCAUUCUCCCUAACCGACUCCCUUCUCCGAUCGAUCCCAGACUAUCCAAAUCCUUUUCUCCCAUAUAAGAACCCAGAGACCAACCGCUGGAGAGGUGCCGUGAUAUCUCUCCGCAGACAGAAUGAAUUGGUCAAAUUAGCGCGAGAGCAUGGGGUAGAAGAGUUAUUACCGCCGGGAAAGAAGUCAUCAGAAUACCGUGAAGCGAGAGUGAUUGAGAAAGGCUUGCGAAUCAAGGGCACAGGUAUUGGACAGAAGGUGAAGGGUCAUAAAUGGGAGAGGACGUUGAAGACCAGGUUGGAGGAGAGAAGGAAGGCAAUGUUGGAGAUGCCGGAGAUGAUAAGAUUAUGGAAACAGCGUGGACACGGAAGAGGAUGGAAGAAAUAUCCCCGAUAAUAGGCGCAUACGCAAAGCAAUUCGGAUGCUAUGUUUUGUUAAAGAUUUUUCCCUUUCAACCUGCGUUACGGUUUCAUUUUUGGGCGACACAUCGGGCGGUUGUACGAAUACGGGCGCCAGCUUUUGAAUAUACUUACAUCGUUCUGUCUCCUUUACUAUCCUCAUUCCUACUACAAAUGUGUACAAUAUCAAAGAACAACUGAAAAUCCACUAAACAGCUUUAGUCAGGCCUCACAGCCUCCCACAUGGCGUCUCGAAAAUAAUGAGGCCUGUGCAAAUUAAUACUCUACCCGAAUCCUAAGCAGAUAUAUGCAGCAAGAUUUUAGGAAAAUAAAUAUCAUUAACAAAGUUCAAGAGAAAUGCGACCUUACGAACUCCCAUAAAAUGGUUCAACUCUAUCCCCAACCUUCACGGUUGGACAAAGCCCCUGGCGUCCCGACGAAGCAUUAGCCAAACAGAUAUGACGCCCAAAAUACACCUUUCCAUUGAUCUUCCUUGUCUUCGCGAGCGUUGAAUACGGCUCUUCGCUUCGAACACCCGUAUCCUGGUCGAUACACACCAUCUGACACCGCUGACAGGAUGAAAGGACAUCGAACCUCCAAUUUCCUAUCCGGAAGCCGGACCAAUGGUCUUCGAUGUAAGGAUGUUCUGUCAAGGAUUCAUUAUCGCCGGUCCGCCUGUCCAUUCUCGAAGGGGACAGGUCCUCAGAAACGAUAAUAUUGGCACGAAAGACAUUACAGGGUACUGUUUUGGCGUUGUUUUGGCGUGUCUUUAUCUCCUCAUUAAGUCUAUUGACACUUGACCGGGAGACAAGAAGCAUGGGGCUUUCGUUUGAUAGAAGAAUAGGGUUUCGGUGAAGUGAAGGUCUGGGCUUGGAAAAUGUGGUCGACAGAAUGCUUGAUCGCUUAUUCGUCUCGGUUGCAGGCAGGCGAGGCUUAUAAUAUCGCAUUGUAGACUGAGGAGGUAGUCUAGCGAGAGUGCAAGGGGUGGAGAGGAAAUCCGAAAAGAAAGCUGUUACAGUUGGAGUCGAGUAUACCCGUACGGUGACGGUAUCUCCACAAACCGUCGCUGCCUUCGCAUUCUGCUGCAUCUGAACAGCUGUUUGCCCCUUCGUAUCGUCAGGGAAUAGGGGUAUUUCGAUUGAGUUCCAGUCCUCGGAUCCAGUGGUCCCACAAGUAAUUCGCAAGAAGCCUUUCUUGAAAUCAAUAAUGGGGCGGAUGAGAGCCAUCCUGGGAUACUUCUUUUGAUUAAGCGCAGUGUUUGUCCCCAAAUGUAUAAGGCACCACUCCCUAUCCCAUGCGAGGCCCUCUGG